AGAUCUGCUGUCCCCACCCAGGGUGUGGUUUUAUCUUGAGGGGGCCUUCUCAAGACGCCGUGGUCUUAUCGUCUAGGUCAGAGCUGUGUUGUCGGGACAGCUAGGGGUGGGUCCCAGAAGGUUCAGUUCUGUGGGGAGAUGCUUGGUGUACAGACCUGCUCUUGUGAGAAAGCAGCGCAUAAGCUUGUCACAGGGUCACACCAGCCUCUCACCUCCUCUCACUGGGGAAACCAUUUCCCCAUCAAGUAAGCAACACGACCGUUCCUGCAAAUACGCUGAGCCUUUGUGGUGACCCAAAGCUUUGCUGGCUUCUGCCACUCACAGCAUGAUACCAACGCUGUGAUAAAAAAUACACCCCCCACCCCCGCCCCGCCAGUCUCCACAAGUUUCCGUCCUCUAGUGUCCCAAGGCUGCCUAUAAAGACAGGACACAGCUCAGACCCCAGCAGGAGGCUGCAGCUUCAAGUCUCCGAGUCCAGCUCCGCUGGCCCCACCUGACUCUCGCACCCGCCCGGCAUCAUGGAGGUCCCCGGGGCCGCCCUGGCUGUCCUGCUGCUCACCGCGGCCCUCUCUGCCCACACCUGCUCUGCCACCCUUGGUGCCAACACCCCGACCGCCUGCUGCUUCUCCUUCGUCUCCCGGCAGAUCCCGCGCAAAUUCGUGGAUGACUAUUACGAGACCAGCAGCCAGUGCUCCAAGCCCGGAGUCAUCUUCAAGACCAAAAGAGGCCGGCAGGUCUGUGCCGACCCCAGUGAGGACUGGGUCCAGGAAUACAUCACUGACCUGGAGCUGAAUCCCUGAGUGGCCUGGGAGCUGCAGGGAAUAAGUUCCCUCAUGGACAGUCGGGGAAGCAGGGCAAUGAUCCUGGGACUCCAAAAGGCACCUCUUCUGUGGGUCACACCCCAUCCCCAGCCACUCACCGGGGCCCUCCUUCACUUUAAUGUCUCCUAUUUAACUUUUGUCAUUUAUUUCCACCAUGGAAGUGUGUGGUGUCGUGAAUAUCUGCUCUGACCCCCUCUUCUCCACCCAUCCCUCCCUCUUCCUCUGUAACUGUCCUCACUCUCAGUACCUGGAUCAGUGUGACUGGCGCUCUCCUGGCAGCAGUCAUAUCAUACAUGCCAAACAACAAAUACUGGUUGAGUAGUUUUGCCCAGGACUGUGAUUCAAAAUAUUGAAGGCUCUUCUAUAAAAGGUAAACCAGCCUUUUCCUUGUGGUGA